GCGCUCGCGCGUACGAAAUCGCUCCAUAUUCACUGCAUAGUGCUGUGUUUUUUCCACAUUUUUAUAAAAACAUCCAGUACUCAUCCAGUACUCUUAUUAAUGCACUUUAAAGACUGUAGGGAAGAAAAUAAAAAUAAAACCCAGGCGUGUGUACUCCUGAACACCAGAUGGCGCUGAGUGUCUUCCUGACUGAACGCUAACUCGUCGCAGAAAUAAUACGUCACGUCAACAGAGGGAAAUUUAAACGAAAAAAAGUUUCUCAUUUUGCAAGUUUCUAAGCAGCAACGUGUUUAACAUUGCAAUUAACAUCUUUUUUAAUCCCCUGCAAAACGUCUUAACUGCCAAAUUCAUCUCUAGGAAGCUAGCUACGGUUUCGAGUACUCGCGUUUGUUUUCUCCUCCACCCAUAUUCCGACAAAUCCCGCCUCCCUGCGCUGUGAUUGGCGAGUUUGUGCCGCCUCCUGGGGAAUGAUUGGCUAGCCAUGAUGUCGCUCAGUAUAGUGCGCGCGUGAGAGUGAACUACUGAAUCAGUUCUUACCGGAAUACGGGUGAGGGUUGAGAGGAAAAACAAACAACGCCUGCUAGCAGCUGCUUAGCCUCAUGCGGAAUAUAAAGUACAUUAAUCCAAGAAUCGGAGCAACUCACCCUGGAAGGAAACGAUUAAUAAAACCAUGAACGAAAAAAGGAAUAAUUUAGCGGAUUUAUUGCACGCGGCGGUAAACGAGACGGAUGUCAGGACGGUGGAGAGUUUAUUGCAGAGAGGUGCAGACCCCAACCUGGUGCUGGAUGAAGGCGUGGCCGCGGUGCAUCUGGCUGCAGGGAAGGAAUCGGAAAAAGGACUCCGGUGCCUUAAAGUGCUGCUGCAGAGCGGCGCUGAUCCUAACCUCAGGUCUGCUGAGGAUCUGACUCCGUUACACAUCUCAGCGGUAUGGGGCUGUUAUCAGAACCUCAAACUCCUGCUGAAGAACGGAGGAGACCCGAGUCUGAGAGACCAGGGUGGGAACAAGGCAGUGGAUCUGGCAGAACAGGAGGAAAACAGUAAAUGUGCCAGCAUUCUUCAGGAAUUUGAGUCUCAAACACCUGAACCGGAAUAUGAGGAUUUACCCAAAUUCCACUACUCGCUGCACUCAGGCCACUCGAUGAGAGACCUGACGCUGAUGAGUGAUUUCGGAGAUGAGCCGCUCAGCAGCACGCGAUAUUCCUCGUUUUGCCGGAAAUCUGAGAGCGACGGACUGCGAAGGGCCACAGACCUUCACGGGUCCUGGCUUUCAGAGGUCUCUGGUUUUAAUGCACGUGAAAGCGACAUGUUUAAGAAAGAAGAAGUGGGCGGUUCUCUUCCUCCGGUUCUCUCCAGUACUCGCCUGUCAGGGAUGGACUUUAAAAAGAGUCCGGAAGUGGCCCAGUCAGCUCGCUUUUUCACACCGAGCCGGAAGAGCGUCACGUUCAGAGACUAUGAUGAGUAUUUUCCGGAUUUGAAACAAAACGAUGAUGACACCACCGACUCCAGGGACUCGACAGUCGAUUUCUCUCGGUAUCCCGACUUCUUAAACUCGGAGCGCGUGACUACCGUGCUGCAGAAUCAGGGGAUUGACGUGACGUCUCCAGAUGAAGUGUUCGUCUUCUGCAGAGAAGGAAACACCACAGAGGAUUUUGAUAAGACUGUAGUGGGAGGGUUGGCUCUAGGGGAGGAAGACGAGGAUAACGCAGAUGACGUGUUUGUUGAUAAAGAUGAGCUGAGAUGCGUCACUCACGCCGCAGUCAGCAGUAACAGUGGGUCGAGUCAGUACAGCAGCUGCGACAGCGAGCCGUACAAGACCACCAUCGAAGCGCCGUUACCUUCUGAAAACAUCUCACCACCGGAAAAAGAUGGAUGGACAAAAGAAAGUUCAGACUCUGACAGCGGGAAGAAGGAAGAACUUCAUUUGCAGUCGCAAGCAUGUGAUGACAAGAUUAAUGAGAUUUCCUUCACUCCGAGUCCGUUCGUCACGGGCAGGACCCGGUCGCGACUCAGUCGCUGCUCCCAGAGAAACAGCACCUCGUCUUUUUCCACCUCGUCUCUCUUCGAGCAGACGCUCCCUACACCGACACGCCUGCGCAGAAAUGUUACUCACUCGGACAAACCUCAACGAAGACGUCCCUCUGAAGACGACAGAGUAGCAGAACUCGAUUCCCACAUGGCGAGUCUGUGCGUUUCUUCCCAACUUCACGGAAGCCAAGCGGAUACUCUGAUUAUCUCCGGAAGCAUGGCAGAUACCAUCAUCAUUCCGAGAGGUGCCUCUGAUGAGAGUUUAGAACAUGGAACAUCUUCAUCAUCAUGCCACCAAGAGGAGGAUGUGUUCACAGAAGACAAGGAGUUUUUAACUUCAGAUGUUUCCACUUCAAGCUCAGAAAUACACAAAAACACCAAUUCGCAAGAUUCCUCCUCCAGCUCAGAGUCGAGUUCCAGCUUAAGUCAAGUGCUCGAGAUUCCGUCCACCGGCUGCACGCCGAGAUACAGCAUGAGCCGAAUCUGCAACCAUUCCCAACCUCAGUCGCUCGCAAACCUGUCCUACACCCCCGGAGGACGUCCUCUCAUCACCGACAUGGACGAACCAGUGGAGUAUCUUUACACUGAUACCGAGGAGGGACACGAGCUGAUCGAGACACACGUCCCUCCAACGUCCAACACGUCUCUAAGCUCCUCUGUCAGUGAGGAGACCGUCAUCUACGACUGGCGCUCGUUACAGACCGCAACCAAGAGUCCGGAGAAGGGAAAAGAAAACCGCUGUCCUAAUGAGGUGGAGGAGAGAGCGAAUGUCUCGGAGACGGAAGGGUUAACAGACCGAGAGCUCAGACGCAAACUCGUCGAAUUAGGAGAGAAACCCGGACCCAUCAACAGAGACACGCGCCAAUUGUACAUUCAGAGAUUACAAACACUGCAGAAGAAACACGUUACUCAGAAAUCAGUGCAGGACGAACCGACCGCAGUCACUGGUUACAGUCCGGAGCUGAAUAAAGUGCUGGGUUCGUUUCACCUUCCCGACUGUAAAGCUGAUGAGUUUGCGCUGUGUGAGCAGUUCGAUCAGCCUGAUCAGAAUAAACGCUGGCGUGAAGGUGUUAUAAAGUCCAGCUUCAACUACCUGUUACUCGACCCCAGAGUGACGAAGAAUCUGCCGUACCGCAGUCAGUCGAUGACUCUUCACGAGUGUUUCCAGACUUUCAUCAGCUCCAUUUUCUACGUGGGAAAAGGCAAGCGCUCUCGCCCGUACAGCCACCUGUACGAAGCUCUGGAGUAUUUCAGAGGAGACAAAUCAUCCAAGAAGCUCUGCUUGAAGGUGCAGCACAUCCUGCAGGUGUGGAACUGCGGCCACGGCGUCAUCUCGCUGCACUGCUUCCAAAACGUCAUUCCUGUGGAGGCGUACACGCGCGAGGCCUGCAUGGUGGACGCCAUCGGUCUGAAGAUGCUGACCAAUCAGAAGCGAGGGGAUUAUUAUGGAAUGGUCUCCACCUGGCCUGCUAAGAGGCAGCGUGAGCUCGGGGCUCACCUGCUGUACAGAGCCAUGCAGAUCUUCCUGGCUGAGGGAGAGAGACAGCUCCGACCGGCUGAUAUCAGGCGAUGAUGUCACACGCUGUCUGUACGACGCUGAACAUUAGAGAGCACUUUGGGUUAAAUCAUGCAGGUCCAAAAUGUUUAGUGCACUACAGAGACUUUAUUCCAUCAGUCAUCAAACACUGUACCUGCUUCUGUUCUAGUGCCCUACUCCCUAUUCCCUAGGGUACAUUAUGUAGGUACUUAACCCAUGCAGUGCAUCAUGGGAUAUGUAGGAACUUAACCUAAGCAGCUUGUCCUGUUACUGAGAAACCGUAAACAAGCGUAAACUCCUCUGUCCUGCUGAAGAUGUCGGAAAACUUAGUUACAGCUUUACCUCUGACUGUUACAAAGUGCUGACACUGGAGACUCCUUCCAUAAAUGUUAAAAAAAAAAAAAAAAAAAAAGUCUCCUCACAGAAAACUUCAUAUCAAUGAUUUUUGUUCCUAUAGAAACACUGACGCAUUAAAACGAGCGCAUUAAUAUAAACCUGUGAUUUGCAGCUGCACGACUGUCAGAGCUGCUGUUAUAGAAAAUUAAUCAACACUUUCUCUACCAAUCAGAGUCCAGAACUCAACAGCGACAUGGUGUAACAGUGUUUAAUGACGGAUGGAAUAAAGUUAGUUAUUGCGUAGCACACUCUGUAGCGUUAUAUUUCAUUUAUCGUAUCGCCAAACACACAACAAUCCGGUUACAGCUCAAAAAAAAACAAAAAAAACUACUGAGCGUUCUUAAAACGUGAACAAUUACAGGGGAAAAGACCACUGAAGGUAAAAUGCGAGUAAAAAACAAAGCAUUAAUAUUGUUUAAAAAACUUAAAGAGUAAAGUAAUAUUUGUAUCAUCUGAUUUGGAGUAACACCAAGAGCCACCAAGGCCACUUUAUUUUUGGAUGAAAAUGUCUUAAAAUUGUGUUACUGUGCUACUGUUUUAUUAUUAAUGAAAUAUUAAUGCUUAUGGAGUGUAAAUGAUUAAUGAUGAAGUUUUGUGAGAUGAUCUGAUAACUGGAAAAAAAUGCAACCUGCUGUAUGAAGUGGACUAAAAGAACAAACUAUAAGUCAAUAAUAAGAACCAUCAUUGGGAAAAACACUUAAUUAAAUAAUGACUAUACAUAAAAACACACACACACACACACACACACACAGCUGUAGAGCUCUUGUUAGUGCUGUAGUGAUUCGAUAUAGGCAUAGAGUUAGAAAUUGAUGGAAGGAUAUUUACGCCACUGGGAUUUUGACUGUUUUUU